CAUUGAAAGAAACAAGAACCCUACUUACUAAAACUGGUGAAGAUUUAACAAGCAAAUUUGGGGAAUCUUUUCAAGAGUCUAGGGAUGCCUUGGAAACAUCUGUUGAAGAUGAUAAAAAUUUAAACAGCAUUGAUCCGACAACGACAUCUGUAACGCAUAAUCUUGAAGGCAUGAACAAUAAUGAACAUAGAAAUGAUGUAAUUAUAAAAGAAGAGGUACCACAAUCGUUUAGUCAAAUUCAACAGCUGCUAAGUAGUUUCACUUAUCAGCAAAACAGUUUUAAACAGACUUUGAAGGAAUACCAAUGCACAGUUUGUGAAAGCCGGCUAUCCUCCUCAAGAAAUCUGAAACGACACAUGACAAUUCACUCCGAUGAGAAGCCUCAUACUUGCCAUCAAUGUGGUAAAGCAUUUGCACGGACCGAGUAUCUUUCUGCACAUAGAGCAACUCAUAUGAAGGAGAAAAUGUUCAAAUGUUUGCUGUGUGACAAAUCUUAUACACAGUCUGGAACUCUAGCUGCUCAUAUGAAUCUCCAUGACAGAAACAAUCCUUACAAAUGCACUGUUUGUGAUAAAGACUUCACAAGACCAUCUGAUGUUGUGCGACACAUGCCUAUUCAUUGGAACAGGGGAUGCUAUGAGUGUGAAGCUUGUGGAGAUGUCUUUUCUCGCUCUUCAGGUCUAAAGUUUCAUAUGUUAAUGCACGAUCCUAGUAACCCUUUAACUUGUAUGUUAUGUAAGAGCUCCUUUUUUGACGGGGAAAAAUUUAAAGAUCAUACAAAACAACAUGUACAACGUAGGCCUUACAAAUGCUCAACAUGUCGGAUGGCUUUUUCAAAGAAGGAAAGUUUAGAAAAGCAUGAGCCUGUACACACUGGUGACUCCAGCAUGAUUUCUCAUAAUUGUCCAACUUGCAACAAAGCUUGUGCCUUUUCUUCUGACUUGAUACGGCAUAUGAGGGUACACACCAAAGAAAAACCAUAUUCUUGUCAAGUUUGCAAUAAAACGUUCACAAGAGCUCAUUCUAGGAAUGUUCACAUUCAAAAUAUGCACUGUAAUAAAAACGUGGAUAAUAAUAGCUUGAAUGCAAUGAAUGUUUGAUUUGUUUGUCUAUUUAUUAUUAUUUGAAUGUUAUUAUUUGAAUGUUCCAUUAUUUAUAUUGUGCUACGUCAACACCAGAAUGGUGUUUAUGCAAAUUUGUGUUUUAAAAUAUUUUGGGUUUAACUCUUUUGUAUAUACUGUAAGUUGCCAUAACGGAAUAUUUAGGUUCUUUUAUUUUUGUGUUUUAGAGUUUUUGUAUGUGUGAUCUUAUAUGGAUAAAACCAAAAUACAGUAAAUUUA